UUAGGCUCCACAAGCAACAGGUAACUAGCCCCCGGUCUCCUGCAGAGAAAAUGCUGUUCAGCUCCUGCCCGCUCUGGAAAACACUGGGUUUUAUAAGUUUAGCAGCGCUUCUUGCAGAUGUUACUGAAAUUGGAGCUUUUGCCAGUCCAAGUGAAUGUAAAAGUGCAACCAUAGAUGACGUGAAUGAGAGUCUUGAGAAAUAUUCAAACUGCUUUCAUGAAAUGAUCGCCAAGGGUGAAAAAGCUUCAAUUAAUUUGCUUGUCUGGACACUGCAAGAAACACUUGAUCUCCUGCGCCCUGUUCAAGAGAAAUUUUGCAAGCAGCUACCUCCAUGCCCACUCCCACUAGCCCCUAGAAACGGCGGCCUGGUAUGUGUCACCAUUGACAAUGCUCAGUACUGCAAACCCAUGUGCAACAAGGGUUAUGACUUUCAGUUCCCCAGAAGAAGUAGACUCUAUGAAGUAUGUGGCAACACCACCGGGUUUUCCUGGACAACACAGCUUGUUGGGGGACGGGCACUGGCUGUUUGUAACCCCUCUGAGACGGCCAUCAGUGGAGCUGAAUCUGCCUAUUUCCCCACCAACAGCACCUGUCUGCACACAUUAGCCUCCACUGCAACUCAGACGGAGCAGCUAAACAUCUUCCUCAAAGAGCUUGGUGAGCAAGGCAUCAAUGGCUCCAACCGUGACAAGGAAGCUGAUUGUAUCCUCUGUGGUUACUAACACCAACAAGCUUGUGCCACAGAUCAGCCAGCCAUCUGCAAUCUGACAUGGGUAUUUUGACAAGAGAAGCGGAGCGGUGAAAUCAUUGCUAAGACAUGUAAACAUACAGCUUUUAUUUAGUUAAAGGACUAGAGAUCAUAGUCAUAAUUUGACCUCAGCUCUUGGGUACAGAUAAAUAGGCUAAACCUAAUCACAUAGCUCAUGGCAGAGGUGUUUCAAAGAAAGAAGAUCACUUUUAGGGCUUAAAUUUGUCUAGCUGGAAUUAAAUAAGAAUUAGAGUUGUUCAAUGGAUUAGUUAAACACAGUAAUUGUUAUCAGAAAUCAUCUUCUGUCAGGACUCAUUUACUGAGAAAGGGUCAUACUUUUAGUUGCUUUUACAAUUGCCAAUUAAUCACUCUUGUUGCUCUGAUGACCAUUAAAGCAAUGCAAGUCACAACAGUUACUGGCUGUAGGGGUAUAAUUCUUUAUUCAUGUGCCUGCUUGAUUGGGAUUUAAAUCAGGCUGUACACACAGCUGUUCAAGGUGCUGUGUUUUGCAUGAGCUACAAACCUGAAGCACUGUAGUUUGUUGGUGGGACAACUUAAAGGCUUCUCCUCUAUUUAUCACCUUGAGGACAUCCCACAGAAAGACAUAGCCUUUAGGUAUACUUCAACACACUUCCAGGAGUCAAAAAGUGCCCUGUAUGCUUGCUGAAACCAGGCAAAAUGGCAGGAAAAAUGUAACAUCUCAAUCCAGUACAAAAUGUGAGAACUGGGAUUGCCCUAAACUAGCAGGUAUUUGCAUCGUGUCUUCUCUGCCAAACAGAUGAAGGAGGUGGGUGUUGAGGGACCUGCAUGAGAAGCUCUCUAGUUCGUGUGCCAGCUUCAGUCUCCUCUGUUCAGUCCCUGUGGGGCAAAACCAUGGUGGUUCUGGACAGAAAGUCCUACUGACCCUUGGUUUGCUCUAACAACAGCUGUGCCCAACCUAUGGGAUCCAGGGCUGCAAAGGCUCUUCUGCGCUCACACUUCCUUGCACACCCUGGGCUUAUGUGGCACACACACCUGCGGGGCCUCCCUUAGGCAGAGACUGCGGUUACCACAAGCUAUGGCUUAGCUUCGGAGGGAAAGUACAAAAGCAAAUGAGGUCUGGUUGGUAAUAGAGUUGAGACGGGCCGUAUUUAGGGUAGAGCUCUAGGGCUUUGGGCUGAGUGCAGGGCUGACCUGUUGAGAUGCUCUGGUCUCAGCACAGUAGUGCUGGGGCAGCUGCUGGUCCUAGCCCGAUAUUUCUACAGCUUCUGGCUAGUAGUCCUCCCCACUUUUCCCCCUCUACAUUCUGUUUCUAAACCUGGUCUAAACUGGGGCAGGUUUGGCUGUUGCCAGAGUUAGCAAAAAUUUAGCUGGUCAUCUGAAUUUGUAACAGCUCUAAACAAGAACAAAUAUCCAAGUAAUUUUUUUGUCAUUGAUUCUUCUCAUGAAAUAAAAAAAACACGUGU